UAACUAGACGAUGGGGCCAGUCUGGCUCUACCUGCGCUCGGCACCCGUGAAGUGCCUCGGCGUGUGACCCCGGCGGACGGCCAUGCAUGAUGUGAUAAUACAAUCAAACAGAUAAUGCCAAAAACGCCGCACACGAACUAUAAAUAGACCCAAAAAAGAGAAAACUAGAAAAUAAGUCCAAACAGGCAACAGCAUCAAUAAUGAUAAACAAGUGCGCAAAAAUCCUCGCUAGCUCCGCCCUUGCAUCUUCCACGGGACUCAAAUCCCACCAGAGACUCCCCACCAACGUCUGGCCUAUUGUAGAUAAACCAGGCGAUACGCUGAGAUAAGCUAUCGUGUUAUCAGGCUAAAGAUAAGUGAGAAUCCUCGGCGAGUAUGAGCUACUGCGAGUCUGAAGCUACAGGCAGUCUAAGACACUCUCACAACCGAUGGAGGAUUGUCCCAAAGCCCGCACGAUUACAAGGGAACUACAGUACGUUAAUUUGUUGUGCCCGGUACGAUGAUCAGGAUGUUCCUAGUGCUGACCGAGAGUGAAGUGAUUUCAGUGUUACCGGAAGCUCGUUGAAAAGGAAAAAAGUGCUCACCAAACCUUGUGAUUCAUCUUCUGGCACUUUCGGCCGUCACUGCGUACAAGACCCGAAGAGAUGGAGCCAGUCCAGGGAUUCAGUCGCCUCAGGGUCACGGACUCGCCCCAAGAAGCAUGCCAGCAGCAGCAGUCCAUUCCGCAGGACUUUUACUCCCAGGGAGAUGUGUUUCUCCCCGGGGGCGUCCGGCGACCUCCUCCUCCCCGGUACCCAUCCCCUGGGGGCGGCGACGGGCGGCCGGGGAUGCAUUUUAACAUCGGCUACGCGGAGGACCCCAACCAAGGCUUCCGGAAGGUGCGGCCGCCGCCCCUCUAUCACGCGGCCGUGGAGACGCAGCAGAGAAACAGCGUCUACGGGGCGGAGGGCAACCUGCAGAAGUACGCCUCCGAGACCUCACUCCUGGCCACACAGCUGACGCAGAAGGAGGGCUAUCAGGAGUACGAGGGGUAUUACCGCGGGCGAUCCCAGUCCAACGUCGCGUACGUGAGCCGUCCCGUGAACAUCCCUUCGCGGACGAAGAGGGCGGAGGACUCGCAGGACUCCUCCAUGAAGACGCCCUCCUCGUUCCAGCACCUGAACUCGGCGAUGCGAGACCAAGAGCGCAGCAAGCCCAUGGCUGCGUCCACGCAGGUCGAGGCGAAGUUCGCGCACCAGAAGCCCCACAUGGUUCCUCGGAGGCUGAGGCAGCCGGAGGAGGGCGUCUCGCAAGGCGGAGGCUCCCAGGCCACGCUGCCGAUCCCGAUCAAGAAUGACUUCCGUUCCAAAAGUCCCAGCCUGGACUGCUACCUGAACCAGAGCGACUUGGCCAUGACAUUCCACCGGUCAUUCGCCUCGAAGAGCCCCAGCACGGACUGCGUCACGUCCGAGGCCGCCGCCACCUCGGCUGCCAGCAAGGCGUUCGCGGCGAAGAGUCCCAGCGUGGACACCUUCCUGGACCGCAUCGAUUUCCGCCAAAGCAACUUCCUUCGGGUCAACAACGUGAAGCACUUCCGCAGCAAGAGUCCGAGCUUAGACGCUGGCGUCUUCCUCGAGGCCGUGAGGGGGGGAAACUACUUGGAGCAACAGGCAGGGAAAAGUUUGUUCACACGCCCUCACGCGAGCCUCACCGUCCCCGAGGGCAAGGUGGAGCUGACCAGCCAACAGGUGGAGGUUGGCCGGAUCGCGGAAAACUCGCUGGCUCCCCCUCCAGGAAGCCUGGAGCGCAGGCCGAGCGCCCAGAGCCUUCCAGACCUCUCCGGCCCCGCGCUGGACGACCUCUGCCCCGUCACCGGUCCGUCGCAUGUCUUCGACACAGCGGAUUACUCCCAGGUGUCCUUCACGGCGUCGCACCAUGAGCAGCCGGUCCGACAGCCACCGAGAGACUCCUUCGCGUCCUCCGAGCUUAACAAAACCUCUUCCCACGACGUCCCAGUGACGUCAGCACAGGAAAUGAACAACCUCCGAGCCCGCGUCAACCUCAGGACGUCUCCCAACCGCGACAUCCCGCGCUGCAAGAGCAAGCAGGGGUCCCCGGUCCCUCGGAGGUACUCCUGCCGUCCUGGAGGAGAUGGGGACGUGGGCAAGGGACCCAUGCUGCCGGGGCUAGAGCGGGUUCUCGCGCCCCUCGACACACAGCCGGUCCCUGGGAGCUCAAACCUCAUCGUCGGCCGACUUAAUCAAAACACAGGUAAGUAAGCUAUGUAAUAAUACAUACGUUGCUGUUGAAAUUAAGAUUAUAUCAUGUCUGAACCGUUUUUAAGCCUUUGUUGAGGAUGUGAGACGACGGGUGUGAAAACAAAAAUAAUUCCCGAAAAAAGCUGGCGUAAAAAUAAAAUCUAUUUCGCAACACAAGAACUCGGAUGAACAUGGAUGAAGGAAAGAUGAAAGAAAGAGACAAAAAUGAAAAUAGUAGAGAACAACAGGAAACACAAACGGAACUUGGGAAUACUGGAAGAAACAAUAAGAAAUAUUGGGAAAUAUCAUUUUAUCGCCAAGAUUGGUAAUAUUACCAGCAAACAUGAUGACGCACAAAAAUUGCACAAGGUCUGCAAUACUCAGCCAAAUCAUUACAUCUGCAGCAAUCGGUAAAUCACGAGAACAAACUAAUACCCGGAUUCCACACAAAUAACAUGCCUGAAAUUCAUCUUACAGACAGAAUACAACACAUAGCCAAGUCCGUCCUUUGUAAACGAUGAGAAGGGCCUAACGACAUACGACUGCACAUAAAAAACAUAUUGCAUACAGUGUUCUAACUCAGCCAGCGCCACAGCCUCGUGCUUUAGUCUAGAACCCACGCACUCAGACAUGAAUAAACACAUCAAAACAAGUGCUGAAAUCUCUGGAAGUAAAUUAACAUGGAUUCACUUAAAGUUCGUACACACGCACGCAGGCAGAGUGAAAGUCGCAAAUGAAUUGACUUUGCAUUGACAAAGAAUAUCUUUAUUACGUUAACAUAGCAUGCACUACACCAAACACUGAAGAUUCCUUUGAUUCUAGUAUGACCAGAACAAAUUACUAAAUCGCAUUAUAUAAUUGUUA